CUCUUGUUUAAAACCCUAACUACCCUUCAAAACAAAAAAAUCCCCCCAUCUACCGAUCUUUCUUCACCCAAAAUCUCACCAUGGCUUCAAACCCCAAGGUGUUUUUUGACAUGACCAUCGGUGGCCAACCCGCUGGUCGGAUUGUGAUGGAGCUCUUUGCCGAUUGCACCCCUCGCACGGCCGAGAACUUCCGUGCCCUUUGCACCGGUGAGAAAGGUGUCGGCCGUAGCGGCAAACCCCUCCACUACAAAGGCUCUUCUUUCCACCGUGUGAUCCCUAAUUUUAUGUGCCAAGGAGGCGACUUCACCGCCGGAAACGGCACCGGAGGUGAAUCCAUCUAUGGAGCCAAGUUCGCCGACGAGAACUUCAUCAAGAAGCACACGGGACCCGGUGUCCUUUCCAUGGCUAAUGCUGGACCCGGAACUAACGGAUCUCAGUUUUUCAUUUGCACGGCCAAGACUGAGUGGCUCGAUGGAAAGCACGUCGUGUUUGGACAAAUUGUUGACGGCAUGGAUGUGGUUAGAGCCAUUGAGAAGGUUGGGUCCAGCGGUGGAAGGACUUCUAAGCCUGUUGUUAUUGCUGACUGUGGACAGCUUUCUUAAGAAAAGAAAAGAGACAAAACUGAUGUUGUUGAUGUCUACUUUAGAUGGUGUUUCAUGUCUUGAGAGUUUUUAAUAUCUCUGUCCUUUAGACUUGUUUUUCUGCUUUUCUUUUUGUGGUCACUGGGUUUGGAUUUGGUGUUUCUCGUGUGUUUUUAUGAACUACCAUUAAUAAGAUGCGCCUUUUUAUAAUAA